GGAGCAGCCGCCGUACUUCGACGACGCCACCGUGCGCGAGGUGACCGCGGCGGCCGGCUACCCGGCCAUGCUGCGCUGCCGCGUGCGCAACAUCGGCGACCGCGCCGUGUCGUGGAUCCGCCGCCGCGACCUGCACAUCCUGGCCAUCGGCAUCAUGACCUACACCAACGACCCGCGCUUCCAGGCCGAGCACUCCGAGGGCUCCGACGACUGGACGCUGCGGAUCCGCGCCGCGCGCCCCGCCGACUCCGGCGUCUACGAGUGCCAGAUCUCCAUCGACCCCAAGAUCAGCCUCGGCAUCCACCUCAACGUCGUGGCGAGUCAGGCGCGCAUUCUGGGCAGCCGCGAAGUGUUCGUGCGCGGCGGCAGCGACGUGAACCUCACGUGCGUGGUGGAGGCUGCGCCAGCGCCCAUCGAGCUGCACUGGGCCAGAAACGGCCGGCCGCUGGACUUCUCGCGGCGCGGCGGCGUCAGCGUCCUCACGGAGCGGCGCGUCCGCACGAGUCAGCUGCUCAUGAGCCGCGUCUCGUCGCGCGACGCCGGCAACUACAGCUGCUUCCCGUUGGGCAACAGCGCCACGGACGCGGCCAGCGUGCUCGUGCACGUGAUUAAGGACGAGAACAGUGCCGCCAUGCAGCACGAGUCGUCGGCCAACUCGUCACACCUCAGCCCGAUUCCUGUGGGACUGGCCGUUGGGGUGUGCUCCGUUCUGAGACUGCUGAUGAGGUGAUAAUUGUAAAAUAAUGAAUUACGGGUGAGUUUGUCGGUGAGAGAAAGUUUCUCUAAUCUCACAAAUUGAAAAAGUUUGCAAGUUCGCGUAGUGCGAAGAUUCUCCCUCACCUUCGGAAAGGGCGUGAUCACGUCACGUUCAGCAGUGACCAUCGGUGUUACCCUUUGCUGGCUUUGUAAAUUCACUACAAUGGCAACUUUCUCACCCAUUGUAAUCUGAUUUCAUUGAUUAGCUGGAGUCUGAGAGUCAGAUAAUGUAUUAUAGUGAAUUGUGUAUAAAAUUGUUUGAUCCCCAUGUAAGAGAAAUACAAGGAUAUA